AUGGCGGCGGCGCUACCGGCCGCCGCGCCCACUCUCACGCGCUCCUUCGCGGAUGUCCUCUCCUCCAACUCAUCUGCAACUCAACCCCGCCCCAUAGAUCGCUACAAAGGUAUGCCAGUUGUCUCAUUCUCUGACGAAGAUAUUCAACAGCUUGCUCUUCGAUUUAAAUUUGCGUUGAUCGGUAAAUUCACCAAAAGUCGCCCAUCAAUGGCCUUGCUAAGAAAAUCUUUCGAUCUUAUUGGAUUCGGUGGAGCUUUCACUCUGGGACUGAUAGAUCAACGCCAUGUGCUUAUCAACUUUGACAAAGAAGAAGAUUUUCAACGUUGUUGGUUACGCAAGUCAUGGUCGAUCCAAGGAUCCAUAAUGAAGAUUUUUAAAUGGACUACAGAUUUCCGACCAGAAGUUGAAUCUCCGAUUGUUCCUGUGUGGAUAGCUCUUGAAGGUCUACCGGCCCACCUCCACGAUAAACGAGCAAUCUACUCAAUCGCACAAAGCGUCGGCCCCCCUCUUAAAGUCGAUGCCUCAACUCUUAUCCUCAACCGACCCUCAGUAGCCAGAGUUUGUGUGGAACUUGAUGUAAGCAACCCCUUUCCUGAAAACAUCUGGAUUAACCAUGGUUCCUCGGGAGGUUUUGCCCAGCCAGUUCACUAUGAAUAUAUCCCUCCAUACUGUCAUUCUUGUCUUAGAUUCGGUCACCUAUUAACCGAAUGCAAAGUCUCCCUGAUUCAUAAACAGAGCAAAGAUGGAAAUGCUGACAUUCCCAUCCAACCAAAACCACAAACACUCCAGAAAGCUCAGAUGCAAUCAACCAACUCUGUUGCUCCGCCCCGCAAACGUUGGCGCCCUGUAACUGUGCAACCUCAACAGGAUAAGCAAAUUGAAUCAGAAGAUCAUGCUGAAAUCCAACCUGGUCACCUCUCUGAAGGAGACGAAGUGGAAAAUGCCCAGAACUUUUCUCAAUCCCUGCUAGAGUCUUGGAAGCAAUCUAGUAAAUUUUUCGCUUCAAAAUUACAUGCUUCAGCCACUGAUGAAGCUGACUCCGUCAAUGAGGAUUUUGUUACAGUCACGCGAAAGAAACGAAGGCCAAGAAAGGAUUACUCUCUCAAUUCCCCAUCUGUUUUAACCCGUCUUGCAGCUGGGAAGAUCGCAAAAGUUUCUUUCUCUAACCGUUUUAAAUGA